AUGCAGAAAUCCUGCCAGAAACCUGUGGACAAAUACAUUGAGUAUGAUCCUGUUAUCAUCUUGAUUAAUGCUGUUUUAUGUAAAGCACAAGCCUACAGGCACAUUCUUUUCAAUACAAAGAUAAACAUUCAUGGGAAGCUCUGCAUAUUUUGUUUGCUCUGUGAGGCUUACCUCAGGUGGUUGCAGCUACAGGAUUCAAGCCAAAAUAUAGAUCCUGAUGACUUAAUCAGAUAUGCCAAGGAAUGGGAUUUUUAUAGAAUGUUUGGUAUAGCUUCUUUAGAACAAACUUCAUUUUUGUUUGGCAUUUUUAUUACCUUACGGUGGAUGAGACCUGAGAUGCUGAAAACAAAAUCUGACUUCAUUUUACUUCUCAAAGCACUUCUGUUGUCCACCUAUGGAAAGCUUUUGCUAAUUCCAGCUGUUAUUUGGGAACAUGACUACACGCCUUUGUGCCUUGCGUUUAUAAAAGUAUUUGUCUUGAUAUCAAACUCUCAGGCAAUUAGAGUUACAUUGAACUUGAACCGAAUGCUCCCUUGGUUGGCCAUCAUCUUUGGAUUAAUUUUGGAAAAUGGUGUGGUCUGCUUGUUCCAGAAAAUGGGAUGGGAUGUUUGAAACGUCAGCCCAGAUCUGAAGAUAUACCAACAACAGGAUGAUCAUUUUCUAAGAAUGAUCUCUGCCAGCAAGCUCCAAAAACACUAUUUUCAUAGUGAUAAGGAAGGUGAUAGAUAACUUGCAUUAGUGGUGAGUGUAGACAGUUUUAGGAUGAGUUAAAAUGAGAAACUUCAGAAGUUUGGCUAUUUAAUGUGGUGAGCCAUAAAACCUGUGCCUUAGCUUGUUUAUUUUCCCAUUAAAAAUAUGAUUGUGUCACUAUCCCAAUAGCUUUAUAAAUCUGGCUGCAUAGCUAUGGCUGUAACUAAAAAGGUACUCUAAAAAAAUUCAGCACUGCUGCCAAUCACUGCAUUUUGGCAGAAAGAGGAGGAUGAAUAGUUCCCUUAAGAGGAAAGACGAGAGUCAGUGGAAAAAUGCAAAAGCCAAAACUGAUACUUCCGCAAAAACAGAUUUUCAAAGAGAGAAGUGAACAUGUGCAAACAGAUUAUUAGAGAAAAGGCAAGUAUUGCAGAGUAAAACUACCAUGGGAAAACUAAGUUGCAUUCUCUGGAAUGUUUAUGUAACAAUAUAAAUUAAUAAAAUAUCUAGUUCUAGAGUAAUCUCUAGGAACUGU